ACCAAAAGCUAUCACCAAAAGCAUAUCACCUUUCAAACCUUGAAUAGGUACUAAAUUAGUUAGGAGGUACCUAUCACGACUUACGUAUCAUAUUUCUCUGUCUUUCCGUCACCUCAAUACAUUAUGCUAUGCAUUAAGGCCUUACGCAUAUUAAUUCUUUAAACGCUGAAAAUUUACUUCGAGAAUGGCAACCCAUACCGCUAUGGCGCAAGGCAGCGAUGCCUCAAUGCGAAACUCCUUGGAGAAGCGUCUUGGCAUUCUUCAUUAUGUGUCGGAGAAGGAACACGGAUGGUAUGGUCAACUUCGUACAAGAUUCACGGAUUUUCAAGUCCACGAGAUCAGCAAAAACGGAGAGGUCGUUCAUCUACAUGAUUUCCAGACAAAUGCAAGGGAAUUAACAAAAUCUACUCCCCAGCAACCAACGGCAAAGCCUCAAGUUGCCAAGUCAUCACCAUCUGAAGAAGCACAACCAAGAACUAGUACCGUCGACGCCGUUGCUAUGGGUAGUACGACAUCUGAACCAUCAGCCAAUUCAGAACAGCCAAAAGAUGGGGAAAACUCUAUCACUAUAUCGGUGUCCGAUCAGACAUUACUGAUAGAGCUUCUCGGCAAAGACACUACAGAAAGCUUGAUUAACUUAUACAACAAGGCAAACGAAACCCCAAAACCAAAGGGUAAAAUUUCCGACUUUGUGACGAUUGCAGCAAUAUCCGAUAAAGCACAGAGAUCUCGAGUCCAUUCAGAAAUUCGUCGCAUAUUUGGCGGCAAAAUCGAUACUGCCACGGAUUCGGAUGGUUCCAUUAAGGCAACAGUUAUCACCAAAGGUAACCAACAGGGAGGCAACCGUUCAAGGAACGAUAGAUCGAGAAACGGGAGAACCAGGAACGGCGCGCAGAAUGACGGUCAGGAUCAGGACGGAAAGUUCCUGCAUUUCACUCUCUACAAGGAGAACAGAGAUACCAUGGACGCGAUUGGUCAAAUAGCCCGUUUUCUGAAUCUCAAGCCCGCCUUCUUCGGCAUCGCUGGAACUAAGGACCGCCGCGCUGUGACUACCCAGAGAGUCAGUAUGCGGAGACGAAAUCCCCAGUCACUAAUUUCCCUUAACAAUGACAAGAUAUAUGGUGUGAAACUCGGAGAUUUCACGUUUGAGCAGCAUCCCAUCCACCUAGGACACCAUAGUGGGAAUGAGUUUGUGAUUGUCCUCAAAAACUGCUACUUUAGCGGGACGCAAGACCUCACAUUCGAACAAAAGCUCGACGUUGCGAAUACCACGGUAAAGACGGCUUUAGAACAGGUUACCCAGAACGGCUUUAUCAACUAUUACGGCACUCAACGAUUUGGCACACAUCAAAUUGGGACUCAGGAGGUCGGGAUGAAGAUCCUAAACCGUGAUUUCGAAGGCGCUGUACGAGCUUUGCUAUCUUUCGACCCUACUUCAUUAGAAAUCUCCGACCCCAGCUCUAUUGAGCCGAUGCGUCGUGAGGAUACGUACCGAGCACGCGCUUGUUCAAUAUUUGCGGAAACCGGCAAGUCUCAGGAUGCGCUUAAGUGUUUACCCAGAAGAUGUCAUGUCGAGGCUGCAUUGAUGCGUCACCUCGAUAAACAGCCUAGAGAUUUUCUUGGGGCCCUCCUUUCAAUUAGUCGUGGAAUGCGUACCAUGUAUGUUCAUGCAUACCAGUCUCUAGUAUGGAAUUUUGCCGCAAGCAAACGCUGGGAACGGUUUGGCUUACAAGUCGUCAAAGGAGACUUGGUUCUUAUCAGUUCUGAACCUUCGACUUCUUCAGGAGAUGGCCAAAACGAAAACGAUGAAGAGGAUAUGAUCCACCUUAUAGAUGGGGGAGCUAUUGCCGAAGAUGCACGCGGGUUGAAGGUUCAUGCACUGACGGAGGAAGAAGCUAACGGUGGGAAGUAUUCCAUCUUUGACGUCGUAUUGCCCUCUCCUGGUUGGGACGUCGUAUACCCGGAUAAUGAGAUUGGAGAAUUCUACAGAGAAUUCAUGGCUAAGGAGGAAAAUGGCGGGCUAGACCCCCAAAACAUGCUCCGACAACAGAAAGAUUUUAGCCUCCCUGGAUCUUACCGCAAAUUGUUAGGCAAGUUCAUCGGCACGCCAGAUGCCUCUGUCCGGGCUUACUUGGACGAUACGGAACAACUAGUACCGACUGACUUAGAUCUAAUACGAGCUCGCAAAGCUAAAGAAGCUGCGGAGCGCACAGCCGCUCAACGGCAGACACAGGGACCGUCUUCAGGAUGGCAAAGCUUUGCCGAAAGCGCACAAGACAGAGAUCUCCAAGAAGCUCGAGCCAGGUCUGAGAGACGGAAAGCUGAGGAGUCUUCCGACAUGCCAGAAACUCGGACAAGAGACACCUGGGUGCAAACUUCGGUCGAUGGAAGUAAUAAGCGAGUCAAGGUUUCUGUGCAAGUGGAUGAUAUCAAAGCAAAUAGCGAGAAUAAUGUCUUGGACGCUCAGGAAGAUAAAAUGCAAAUUUACACAGACGGGAGUGAUCAGCCAAAUACAACUGAAGGGGUGCAGCCGACAGUGCAAGAUGACGGAGAUUCCAGCUCAUUAACUGCCACCACCCUUCCAUCACAGGUGCGAGCCGUUGUAAAGAGCGCCAUGCAACUAUUUAUGGCAGCGUUGAGAGUAUUUACUGACAACAACAUUAUGAAGACUUCCGAGAAUACAACUACGCCCGCGAUUCAACCCCAGGAACAGACGUCGAGUGCCGCCGUAGAUAUACCCGACGAUGCCGAACGCAAAGCGAACGGACCGGGCCAAUCGGACGCUACUAAUACUACUGAUGAAAAGAAAAUCGCAGUGAUUCUUCGGUUUGCACUAAAUACUAGUCAAUAUGCGACGAUGGUUCUUCGAGAACUUCAAGGGGCGAUCCCCACAAGCGACGACACGGCUGUUCUAGCUUCUCUAUCGACUGCACCUUACGAAGAUACCGCCACCUCUCUAUAGUAAGAAGACCUAAUCCCGGUACUUCAUUGUUACGAAGCCAGUCUAUCUCGUAUAGCUUUUCAUUUGACGUCCAACUAUUUUGCCCUUCUGCCUUAGGCUCGCUCCAAGUCAUUUCUAGGCUAAAGAGCGAGGUUCAUUGGCAGAGGGUGGAGACCUAAAGACAUUCAUGAUAAUAUGUUUCUUUGCCGGUAAGGUCCUGAACUUUUAUGCACCACACUAACUCAACGACGGGAACGCAAGAUGUUCUAAGCACAUGGUCUUGUGAUGUUAUGUUAGAAGGUCGAGGUGCUAGGUUGUUGAGAUGGAUUUUGAUGUAAAUGAGAAUUGUGCAUAGGGCUCAUGUCAUUUUGGCAUUCUACGAAGUUUAGCUGAGAUACCCAAUAGCUACCUGACAAAUUCAAAUGCAUUAUAUGCCUGUCA